UUUCAUUUCCAUGAGAAUCCUAACCCACGGAUCCACGGGUCCUCUUGAAAUGCUUGUAAAGAUUUUGUCUUGAACUUUAUCUCAUUCUUUUAGAAGCCUAGUCUUAUCUCACCGUGCUUCACUGUUCCACCCAUGGCAGCUUCCCUUCUUCCUUCACCCAUUUUUACUCACAGGAUGAAUCAUAUAUGCUUUGAUCCCCAAUUGAACUCUUUGGCAUGUUUCCCUAUUCAUCUCUUACAAUCCAAAUGUCGGGUUAGGCUUUACAUGGUGCCGAAUCUGAAAAUUGCACAAGUAUACUCAUUGAGGAUUUGUGCUAAGAUACAAUCAACAAUGGUAUAUAAUUGGGUCGAUUUGGGAAUUGGGCGCCGUUCUAGUGUUCUGCAUUUCCAAAGGUCUGACAAUUUGCUUGAUAGCUCAACUCACUCAUUGAACACUGCAAGUGAUUUUGAGAAGCAACUCCAAGAGUUAUUUGAUGAAAUCAAAACUUUGAUUUCAACAGGACAAAGAAGUGAUGCAGUUGAUUUACUACAAGCUAAUUAUCAAGCAGUGCAAGAGCAGUUGGAUGCAGGAUUUUCGGGCAUCGAAGAAGUAGCAAUUCUUGAUAUUAUUGCCCUAGGAUACAUAGCUCUUGGCAACACAAAGAUGGUUGAAUCGUUAUUGGAUUUGAUGAACAAUAUUGUUGAUGAUUUGAAAGAUGGUGUAAUGCUACUGGAUUCAGUACUCAUACAUAUGGGUAGCCUGUAUUCAUCAUUGGGAAAAUCUGAGAGAUCGUUUCUCAUGUAUCAAAGGGCUUUGAAAAUAUUGGAAAAUUUACACGGCAAACAGAGCAUUUUUCUUGUUACGCCAUUGUUGGGAUUGGGUAAGCAUCUGGGUUCAACCGGAAGAGCAGCCGAAGCUGUAGAAAUCUACCAGCGAGCAAUUACCGUUGUGGAGUCAAGUCACGGAGCUAGUAGCACUGAUCUUGUGUUACCUUUAUCUGGCCUUGGCAAUCUCCUACUGGCUCAAGGGAAGCCAAAUGAAGCGGAAAAUUAUUGUACCAGGAUUUUGAAUCUAUAUUCAGGAUUAUAUGGAGAAACUGAUGGAAGGUUCGGCAUGGCUCUUUGUUCACUUGCCCAUGUGAAAUGUGCUCAAGGGAAUGCAGAUGAAGCUAUUCACAUGUACAGAAAAGCUCUUCAGGUUGUUAAGGAUUCAAGAUAUAUGGCAUUUGAUGACGACGUUAUGGAGAAAAUGAGGCUAGAUUUAGCCGAACUACUUCAUAUAGUCGGAAGAGGUAGCGAAGGCAGAGAACUAUUGGAAGAGUGUUUGGUGAUCACCGAGAAGUAUAAAGGAAAAGAUCAUCCUAGCUUGGCCACCCAUUUUAUUAACCUAGCAACCUCCUAUUCUUUCUCCAAAAACUUUGUCGAAGCAGAGCGCUUGCUGAGGAUGGCUUUGCGGGUCAUGAUGAAGUCUGUUGGUCCUGAUGAUCCAUCCAUCACUUUUCCUAUGCUGCAUCUUGCGGUUACCCUCUUCAACUUAAGACGGUAUAAAGAAGCCGAAAGGCUAGCCAUUGAAGUUUUGCACAUCCGUGAGGCAGCAUUUGGAAAAGAAUCCCUCCCAGUUGGUGAGGCUCUUGACUGCCUAGUGUCGAUACAGACAAGAUUAGGGGCGGAUGAUAACGAAUUACUGACGCUGCUGAAGAGGGUGCUCGGCAUUCAAGAGAAAGAGUUUGGUUACGAGAGUGAAGAAGUAAUGAUAACCCUGAAGAAAAUUUUAUUCUACCUAGAUAAAUUAGGGAUGAAGCAAGAGAAAUUUCCUGUGCAGAGAAGAUUAUCUGUUUUAAGGAACAAAUACAAGCAUAAAAUUCAAUAUUAGAAGCUUUUGUUCAUUUGAGUUAUUUUUGUGUGAAUCUGCUGUCAUAUGUUAAUAUUCAAGAAAUCAAAGGUGUAUCAAUAUGUAGUCAAUUGAUGGUAAGAGAAGUUAAAUCAAUAUAUGUAUUAUUUAAAAAGAAAAAGGCUAGAAGAGACAUACUGAAAGCGCACCUAACUUUUACGGCCCCUUCAGUUGUUGUACUAAAUGGUUAGUGUGCUAAUGACAAGUUCGUGUAAUUUUGUUAGGACAAUCUUGUCGGUUUUUCUACUUUCCUCUCAUUUUAUUUUUUCACAAAAUUCUUUCAAUGCGCUAACAUUUGGAGAUGUGAUAUUGGAUGAUAGUGAAAAUUGUGAAAAAACAUUUGUAUGAUUCAAUUUCGUCACUAUAGAAAUACAUGAUAUAUUU